UGCAAAAAAAAAAGAUAAAUAAUCACAGUCUCGCGUUUUGCAGUGGGGCGGUGGGUUGUGUUUGUGUGUCUCUCUCGUAAUUUUAUACAUCACAGCUAAGCAGUUCGGUAAAAGCUUUAUUUCAACCAAAAUUACGCAAAUCGCUUCAUUCGCCUUUCCGACUCGAGUGCAGUAGCAACAGCAACGAAGAAGUGGUGUGGCACAAAGAAAACGGGGAAGAAAAACAACAACAAAGAUUAGCGCUUCUGGGUAGGGUAGGUGAAGAAGGUCGAAAGGUGCAAAGAAGGGAAACGAAGAAGAGAAAAAACAACAAACACUGGUGUUUGUGUGUGUGUGCUGUAUAUCCACCCAAGGGGUUCGUAACAAUUUGCUGCGCGUUCAAUUCGCUUCCUGCACAUUCAUUGCACGGAAGCAGCGAAUCAAAUAGCAGAGGGUGAAAUCGGGGGUGUGUGUGGUUGAAGAAAGCGAACGAUAUCAAAUACAACCAGCCCGUCGCAUUCGUCGAAACACGUAAAUAAAACCCACAACGGAAAUCGACAGGGUGGGGUGGUGUGCGAAAAAGUGAAAAACCACCCCCCCACACACCAACAAAACAACACACACUCUCUGCCUUUUUUUCACCCGUGCAGUGUGGUAACGGAGUGGUACACACACACAAAUACACGGUCGCUCUAUUGCUUCAAAUGCUGCCAACGAUCGGUUACUGUGAUGAAAUUGUAGAAAGUGUUACCCAGCCAGCCUGUUUCGCGAUACAGCAAAUUCUGUCGCUCCGAAGGGACAACAACCCUUCCUGAAGGAAACAGUUCUCGUACACCAGUGCAUACUGCUGCUGCUGCUGCUGCUAGUGGUGGUAGUGGUGGUGCAUCGCGAAAAUUGCGUCGUACUACUACGUGCACUGCUGGUGGAAGCGUUUGAUGGGGUUGUGGCGGGGCCGAAGGGAACGACGGGCAGAUCCUACCACUACGCCACCGGAAGCGAAACAGCAGCAACGUUCACCUAUAACGACGACGACAACAACCACAGCAACAACUGCAACAAAGGACGAACGUCAUCAUCGAUCCGAGAAGGGUUGCUGCAGCCCAGCGGCAUUGGUGGAACCGUGCGGUGGUGGUGAGGUGAAAGCUGUGACCGUAUCGCGUCCCGAUCAAGGGCAUUUGCAGCGUGCUGGUGUUGUUGCUGCUCCGGGCGGUCCCAGCGUGAUGUGUAGCAGCCCAAACUGGGGCCAGCUGCCUGCCCUUGCGAUAACGAACGUUUUCCAGCACCUGGACCAUCCGGAUCGGUUGAACGCGUCGACGGUAUGCUGGCACUGGCGGUCUGUGAUUUUUCAACCAAGAUUCUUUAAACGCAUUCAGUUCGAUGUCGCUCGUGAGCAGAACAAAAAGAAUAGCUUCUUUUUGCAAAAGCUGGCUCAUAUCGUAAGCGAGGCGAAGGUUACGUUCGAUUCCUGCAAUCUGUACGAUGUGGAGCUUACCGCGGAAAUUCUAUACAAACUUAGCAAAAGUGCUCGCCUGCUGAGCCUUUCCAUCCUACCGAAGUACGCGACCCUAGUUACGCCGGGUCGGUUCUAUUCCGAGGAAGAAUGGAACUACAUCCUCAAGCUCUUUGUUCAACCACUGAUAGCACUGCUUAGCCGCAAGAAUCCGCCCCUGCGGGCGCUGGAUUUGGGUUGUUCCGAAAUUCUUGCCCUCCAUGCAUCGGACUUUCUGACCCUAACCGCAAAACCGCAACAUCUUGAGCGGCUCGCCUUUGCCACCGUGAAGCAAGAUCCGGGCCACUAUCCGUUGGGUUUGAUCGAACCGCCGCUGCUGGAAAAAUGUACCGCCCUGCGUGUGCUCUCGCUCGACUACGACAGCCUGUGCGAUGAGGUGCUGCAGACGCUGCAGCUUCUGCCGCUGCGGCAGCUGAUCGUGCACGUGCACGGUAUCGACGAGGACCACUUCGGGCUGUCCGAGGAGGCGUGGGCUAGCUUUCGCAGCAAAAAUCCCGAAACCGAGCUGCACCUGACGCUGGUGUGCGCGUACGAGGCGGUGGAAAUACUGCACACCCACAUCCUGCGGCCGUCGAUGCCGCUGACCCAUCUGAAGGUGUUGUUCUGUGAGAAGAUUAAUUGCGAAGCUUUGGAAUACCUUUCACGCUUUCACAACGAGACCCUACGCAGCUUGAUCUGGGUUGAUUCAAUGCGCAUUGAGGAGUAUCGCAACAUCAUGGAGCUGGUGAUGCACACGGAGCAGGACCCGCUGGUGAUGAUGGCAUGGCGGUGCAAAAAGCUGCAAGAGCUCAUCGUCCACGGGUACGUGCUCGAUCCGCACAAUGUCGUCGGCGUGGCGCGUUUGCGUGGCCGCGAGCUGCAGGUGCUGGAAGUGUCCGGCAUUCAUCUUUCCAUCCCAUCCGUCAUGGUGUCACCAUUUAUCGAGGAAAUUAGUGCACAACUUGGCCGAAAAUGGUGCCCACUGGAUGCGAAAACACUUCCACCCGCUCUCCGGUUCUAUCCCGUGUCGGAUGAGGUACGUGAUCAGUACAUCUUAAAGUAUAUUCGCAAGGACAUUAUGGAGUAGCGGGCGCGCGCGCGCCCAGCGUCCCCAAAAGCGUGCCCCCUACGCGAGUUCGAGUGAACAGCAGGGAUGGUUUACAUUCUAUAUUAUAUUUCGGGGGAGUUUUUUUUUUCGCUGGAGUGCGCGACCGCGUGAGAAGGAAAGCGCCGCUUUACAAACCAAACAGUGCUAUCAGUGAGCGCGAUUCGAAAACACUCUCCUCCACGAUACUGAACAAUGUGCCACCACCGGAAACCAGGAACGAGGAGGAGGAGGAGUACGCGUUACAGUUCCAAUAGUCAAAUAACGUGCGUUUGUUUGUGGCUCUCAGGGGGGCCUGUCUGAUCAAUGACAAAAGCCCCACAGCGCUAGAAGAUGUUAGAAGUGCUAUUGCAUCGAACUCUAACGUGGCGAAGAACGAAAUGAAAUCCACCAUCGAAGCCGAUUUCGAAGGAAGUGCGCACACAGGUGCACGAACCGCUACGCAACCGAGUAUGGAAGACUGAGAGCUUUAAAAACCACCUAGAGAGAGAGAGAAAAAGAGAGAGAAGAGUUGAUGAUCGAGUAGUAUUCACACUGUCGCUGUGCAUAGCGUAAAAAGCAAGCCUACUAUUAACAGCAACAGCACCAGCAGCAGCAGCAGCAGAAAAAUCCGCUGAUACAAAACGGGUGUAGUGUGUUAUAUCGAGCAGCAAGGAUAUCAUCGGUUUAGAAAACUUUACAUCAUUUAUUAUUUUUUUUACAAAAAUGCUGUUUUCUCCCGUUUCGUUCAACGCAUGGUUAUAUUUUUUCCCCACAAAAUGCGAACGAUUUACGUGGAAGCGGCCAUUGAUCAUACACACACACAGACACCCCACAUAGAAAGGAAAUAGUGAGGAUUUAUUUAUACAAAGUAAUAUAUUUUAGAAAAUCAGCUAGAACUAAGGGAAGUACCCCACAGUACGAGCAAUGACGUCCACAAUGAUUGGCAAAACGAAGCCUACUAAGCAAGGUGGAAAAGCAUCCAAUAACGAUCAACGCGUAUCCUGCGUGCACGCAUCCUCCAGGAGAGGAGGCCAUAGGACCGAUCGUAUCAAAGCAAUGAAGAUCUCUCCAGUAACAUGACGUGAGAAUGAUGACGAAUCUGUGUGAACAGAAACAGAGCGUCUCAACUAGGGCAGUCCACCGAGCACGGAAAGCAGCAAAACCAACGUGUGGUGUUCCGUGAUGUGUGUGUGUGUAAAGAGUUUGUUAAGCCUGACACUCUUGGGUAGGGUAUAGCCGCAAAAAAAAACACAUUUCGGCUGCAAAACUUGCCAUCGGAAAGGAAGAAAGGGCGCUAAAUAGCCAAACCAAACCACAGGCAACACGCAAACGCAAAACAAGAACACAAACCCGCAACCAAUCUGUGAUGAUAAUUACCACUUUUGUGUUACUCUUAGAGCAGACCCCAAGGCCGGACGGAUUCUUUUGGUUCCUUUGGUCAGCAACGAAAAACGGGAUUUUGCGUGUAUUGUUUCGUCUUGUCACACACCGCCUCGUAGCGGUAAAAUAGCGGAAGGCAGAUUUUGUUUUCAUCAUCGCAAAACGAACCUUUAUUUAUUGUAGCGUGUACGUUAUUUGUUAAAAAAAAAAAUUCGAUGUGACGGAUUUGUUUGUGUUGCACCCCAUAGCCAAAAAGAAACAAAAUAUGCAUUAGUUAGAGACAGUCCACAGGGUACGCGUAAACCGCCGUUUAUAUAGUUUGAUUUGGUCUCGAUCGAUCGAUCCCGUGAGCAAAGAUCGUCUGUUGGGCGGUCGGUUUUAAGUAAUUAUUGUGCAAUUUCUUGCGUUCCAGCGCGGAACCACUUCAUCACAAACUGUUGUACAAAAAUCUAAUCGCCCAUCUCAAUCAAUCAAGAAACAAAAGGAAGAGAAAAAAAGGAAUAUCGUGACGUGCUCCAACUACACUGUGUGCCCAAAAAUAAUAAUGGAGUCAAAGAAACAAAAAUGGAGAAAGAUCCUAAUCGGGUUGAAGAAAAAGCGAACCACUAUUGUAACACAAAUAUACAAAUAACACUAUGGAACUGAAACACCUCAACAUGAUGCGAAACUAGACAGUACACGUGUUGGGAUGGCGGAGGUCUAUUGCGAUCAUAGAAGUGAGUUAUUUACGAAGCUAUAGCUGGCUGGCCCACUUACAACGCUGCAGGCAAUCUCAAUUAUUGUAUAGAAGAGAGAAGAAAUCAUGAAACAAAAACCAAAACUAGCAAAAGCUAUAUGAAAACACCAUAAGCCGUCCUAUAGUGAAGAAGAAUGGGAAAAUGUGCGCGUAUAUUAACGAUUUGCGUAAACAAUAUGCAAACAGUUGCUCGACCAGCUAACAAGAUGCGCAUAAUAUCUAAAAGAUGGAAAGCAGAUACAGAUUGGAACAAGCUAGAAGAACGACGAGAAAGGAAAAAUAUAAUAAAACUAGCUAAACAAACGAUUAAAGAACUGAUGAAAAAUCCAACAAAACAAAAACAGAACAGAAGAGAAACAUUUUAAAACAGAAGAAGGGAACAAAACAAUGUCGGUUACAACAAAGUGUGCCUAAAAGUAAAAAAAAGGACAAGCAUAGUGAAAUUACAGUAUAGUAAACUAGAAGAGCACAGAUGUGUAUAACGGUAACAAACGCCCAAAGUGUUGGAAAACACCAGCGCUGCUCAAGAAGAGGAAGUCGGAACACACAGUUAUUCCGCUCAGGCUCAGAACAACUGAAGAUAGUACACACACUUUAGGGAGGCCGGAUGCGAAACGGCGCAACAUCAAACAAAUAACCUCUACGACACGAAACUUACUUUUACAACAAAUAGUUUAAACCCGGUUUUGUUUUAAAAGACAAACCAAACAAAGACAAAAGCAAAACACUACUCUCAAUCAGAGCGAGCGAGAGAGGAAGCCCAACAGUGCAACCACAUGUAAUGAAACUGAAGUAAAGAAAAAAAACGACAACAAAUUCCUUUUACAUAAACAAAAAAGAAACCUACAUCUGUGAUACUAUCGAACAUGGGGGAAAGGGUUGAGAGUAAUAAUCGAGAAAUAGAGAGAGAGAGAAAGCAACAACAAACAACAACAAAAAAGACGAGAAAUGAAGAUAAAUAAAUAUAUAGCACGAGAAAAGAAGGUUUUAUGCCAGAUAACAGCUAACACAAUAUGACCAAGGAAAGGAGAGUGGAAAACAAAGGACGCAUAAAGAUUGCAGCAAAACAAACACAAAAAUUACAAGCAAUUGCUGUUGAAGAAACCAGACAGACAACUCGACUGCAAAGUCAGCCAGCGCCAUCCCAAAAAAGGCGGCGGAAAGCUUUCUCGUAAAAAAACACGAAAUAACCACAACACCUCAAACGAGACGGAUAAUAAAUGCUCCUGGCGAACGACCAAAAAGUAGGCAAGCAUAACAGCCGAACUCUAGGCAUAAUAAUGGUUGGAUUAGUUCUUACGAUCAGGCAGGAGGGAGCAGCGGGGGUGAAUUUCAUAGAAACACAAUUUAGUAGAAAGGUUUUGGUUUAAACAGAGAAAAGAAAAUAGCAAAAAAAUGCAAACAUUUGCAAAAAGAACGGACAGAUACAGAUUAUUUUCUAUUAAGCGUAAGCGUAUAUAUUUUGAAACAUGUUUGUUGUCUAUGUAUGUGUGCUGUGUGUGGCAUUGUAAAACUGAUAACACUGCUGCGUCAUUGAUUUGGUACGAAAUAUGGGCCCAACGGGGUUUUUAUUCAACACACAAUAAUGGAAUUAUUUCUUUUGCCCUAUUAUUCCCACAACACAACAUUAGAGAUAAAUUUCAAAAGAUGAGAUAUAUUUAUUAAAAAUCGUUCCGUACGAGAAGAAAACAAAGAACUACUACAGUAAAAGGAGGAGCAAAUAAAAAAACAAUAGUAAUGAAGACACCAAACAAUUACUACAAUAAAUAUAGUGAAAUGAGGUAAUACAACAUAAAAUAAAACAACUCGACGCAAUGAAUGUGCGUAAGCCUUAAGCACCACAAGAAGAAGAAGAAGAAGAAGAAGAAAAAGAAAAAGAAAAAGAAGAAGAAAAACAUACAAGUAACAAGUGAGAUUAGCAAACGAAAACAACUCGAAACAAUUCAAAACAAAAGGCAAAAGGUGUUCCAGCAAACAGACUAACAUCGAACACUUGAGGCGGAAGGUGGAAAAGUGGUAGUGUGGUAGAGUGUGUAACUUGAUAGAAGGCAUACAAAAUACAACCACAAACCAAUGGAUGGAUCGAAAUACGAUGCUUACCAUACUUCAAACCAUUGCUAGGUGAAGAGUUCUACCCAUUUUAAAGCGGAGACGAUAAAAAAGACGAGAAGAUUUUUUCAUUUUAUUCCAAGGGUGUAUUAAAGAUAGUGUGUGCACAAAGCAGGAAGCAAAACAGGAAGCAAACAAACACAACAAAAUAUAUGCAUUGUGAGAUCUUGAUAGUGUGAAUUAAGGAAAUUAGAAAACAAACAGAACAAACAGAACAAAACACUCGAUAAAUCUUUCGGAACGAGUGUGUAGAAGAAAGCAACGAAAUCAACCUAACUAACGACAAGAAAGCUCCACACGAGUGAAAAAUGCUGCCAAAGAAAACACUGCACGAUAUAACACGUUUUCCACUCGAACGGGGAAAAGUGCGAUAAGAGAUGGCAUGCUUAAACACACACAUAGAAUUGGAAAGUUACAGCCAAUUUCCGUUGAGCUGAAAGAAAGAUGUCGCGUGUCGCGUGUGACGCAGAACUGUGCCAGAGAAACCGUACAUUCCAGCAAGGAGAGCAAGCAAGAAUAACUGUACUUGAAAAGCAGAGAGCAAAUGAAAGGAGCAAUUUCAGUGGAUCGUUUUGUGAUCGUGCGAAAACCAAUCGAAAGGGCAGAAAAGUCUAUAAACAUGCGUAGAAUAUUUUGAAAAGUAUCUGAGAUAGAUCCAGGUAAAGGAGAAAAAGAGAUACAGAAAGAGAUACAUAUAGCAAAAUGUAAUACAUUUUCUGCGAUAAACCAACAGCCAAAGUAUUAAUUAGCGCACGAAAAUCCCUUAUCGUACUACUUGUGGGUGUACUAAAACUCCUAGGUGGGAAGCUCAAUAAAUGCGAACGAAAAUAAAAAAAAGCAAAAGAAUUGCAAAAACAGAUCGUAGAUAAAAGCAAAAAGUGAUGCAACGCGGCGUAGGAGAAUGUGAAAACAUAGGGAAACCAAAAAUCUUAAAGCGAAGAUAGCAAAAAAGUUGUAAACCAAGCGCGCAAAAUAAAAUUCAUCGUAACGCGGGGAAGGACGAGAAAACAAACGAAACAAGUGAAAAACAAACAAACUUACAAAAACAAAGCAAGAUUGAAAUCAACACCAUCUGUGAUACUAAAAAAGGGAGUUACGAGUAAUGAAGCGAAGAAAACAACAAACAAACAAACAAACAAACGUAACGUUAACGUAUAACAUCAAAAUGGUCAAAAAACAGAAAAAAUCGAAUGCUUAAUGGUGACUUAAAGCCAAGCCAACGCCGCCCAACCGACAGUGGCAAGCAAAAAACCGUGGCAGCGGCCAGAUUAAAAAAAAAAAUGGUGGUUAACAACACAAACUAAGCGCUCAAUAUAAAACGUAACCGCACCAUAAAAAGAAAAAAAACAAACAAAAAACGAAAGUACUGCAGAGAAGUGAUAAAACGUACUGUUUAAAUUAAUAUAUCAAUCGACCCACUCGCCCACCACCUUCUCGGUCGGUCGCGGAUCGGAAGUAAUUGGAAGCAAAUUUAAUUUAAAUAAUAAUGGUUUGAAAUUUGUUUUUGGUUUUGACGUGUUUGUUUUAUGUUGUAGAUGUUGUGUUAUAAAAGAAUGAAGAGCAAGCGCAUUGUAUACAUUGUGAGCAAGUAAAGUCGGUAACAACAGCAAAAGCGACGAAAAAUCGAAGCUUCGAAGAAGAGUAACUUAAACGAGCGAUAAGCUACGAACAACCGCCUACUGUUCUAUGAGGAAGAGAAACAGAUAGCAAAGAGAAGGAGAGAAGAUAAAUGUGCUAUUUUGUGAAGUGAAGUCCGUGUGAUAUGGUGUGUAUCACAACUCGAUUCACGACGUACCGUUCUUUUGAAUCGUUUUACAGAGGGCAAACGCUGGAAUAAUGCGAGGAUUAUUUUAACAACACACAAUCUUCACACAUAAUCUACAAAACACUGUUGCGAUCCUUGAUGUGGACAUUUAAAAUAGCACGUCGCUUGUACCGGAGAAAACAGCUAUAAAGUGUGCUUCUUCCUUUUUAAUGACACGCGUGUCCUCCUGGUACACUGAGUGAAGCAAUAUUUUCCUUGCUUUUUUGGAUGUUUCAACCAAAACCCCUUGAAAAACGAAAAUCCUACAAUGGAAUAGUGAAAAGGAAUAUUUUGAGUGUGUUUUAAGUGUUGAAGUUUUCUUUUCUUUUUCUUAAAUGCUUUGCUAAGCUGACAGGACAUUAACUUUGUCUACCAAAAUGCAAACGCAAAUUAGCAAAUUUUCCCUACAAUUAACCCCGCCGUGCACAGUAAAAGUGUGUGUGCAUAUGUGGUGCUUGUGUAAGUAUGUAUGUUGUAUGUAUGUUUGCCCUUUCUUGUAAUGACAUAGUACGCGUACUACAUGAAUUCGCUGUGUGAACUCUAUUAUUCAGUCGUCAAACGCGGCAGUGCGCGUGAUGCUAUUAAUCUCUAUCGAUUGAACAGCAAAUGUAAUGCAAAAAACCCCGGUCACUGUUGUGCAACUGUGUGUACACAGCUGUACGGUAAUCUACAUAAAUGAACCUUCUCUUCUGUCUCUCUUGUCCGCCUGUCUGGACGAGGAAUUUGGCUUUGAGGAAAUAAAUUAAUGGAUUAAUAAAGCAUAUAACAUAGAGGAAAUAUGUGUACUCAAAACAA